AUGUCGCCCAAACAGAUCCUCCCCUCCGAAGCCAUCCUCGAGAAGUAUGGCAAGGCGCUUGCCGGCAAAGCCGUACUCAUCACUGGAGUCGCCGAUAACUCCAUCGCCGGAGAGCUCGCCCUCCAGGUCUCCAGCGCAGACCCAAAACUGCUGAUUCUCAGCGCCCGCGCCGAAUCGAGAGUGGCCCCGAUCAUGGAGAAGGUCAGAACCACUAAGCCCAAUGUGGCGACUCGGUUUCUCAAGAUGGACCUCAGCGAUUUGAGCACCGUCCGGAAAGCCGCCGAGUCCGAUCUCGCCGACGUGCCCCAGAUCGACCACUUGGUUUGUCUGGCUGGGGUAAUGGGGCCUCCGUACAGCCAGACCAAGGAUGGUCUGGAGCUGCAGUUUGGGGUCAACUAUGUGGCCAACUUCCUGCUGGUGAAGCUGUUGCUUCCCAAGGUGCGGGCUGCGGGCCCGUCGUCGUCGGUUGUUGUCAUGAGCAGCUCUGUUGUUCGGACGUGCAAGGUCCAUUUCGAGGAUAUUGGAUUCAGUAAUGGGGAAACUUAUCACCCCGUUGUCGCAUAUGGCCAAUCCAAUGUCGCGCGGGUGAUGUUCGUCAAGCAGCUGGCUAAGAAGAUGCAAGGUGAAGGGAUCCGUAUCUUUAGUAUCGAUCCCGGUGCCGUUCUCUCCGGACUGCAACGGCACUUCCCGGCCGAAUUCGUGGCGCAGGUGGAGGAAAUGAAGAAGGCUGGCCCGGCAAUCGACGCCGACGGAAGACGUUACGACUACCCCCCUUGGACUGGCCGGUCCGAAGGCGCAGCCACGGUCAUCACAGGCAUGAUUGACCCGACGAUUGCCGAGUACAAUGGGGCGUUCUUGAACCAGAAUGCCGUUGCGAACGACGAGCUCCACGCUCAUAUCAACGAUGAGAAUAACUGGACAAGACUCUGGGCGUUGACCGAGGAGUUGAUCCAUGAGGAAUUCUCUCUGUGA